UGAAAACUAAAGCAUGAGGACGUUUCUACUCAGCAAUCUACUGCUGCUCUAUGCCUGGUUUUCUCAGAGUCUUUCUUCAGACUCACUUGUUGUUACUCAGACUCCUGAUGUUUCUGUCCAAGAAGGUGAAACCGGAAGCAUCUCCUGCUGCUGGAAAGGCACUCCUGAAAGAGUUGACGUCAAAUGGCUGAAAAGCCAAACUUUGAUCAAAAAUCAGAAAUUCAUUAAUCAGUCUAUCAGCUCUCAGAAUGAGCAGGGAAAUACCUGUUCAGUUCUGAUCUUUGCAAGGAUCACAUACAGAGAUUCGGGGCGAUACAUCUGCAAGGUUUCUGUGGAGAUACCAGUUUUAGCUAAAGGUGAAGGAAAUGGUACAACCAUCACAGUUACAGCCAGAGAGACGCCAGAUAAAGACACCAUAGCAGGCUUGUCCUCAGAAAUACUUGGUGUAACUCAGAGCCCUGACGUUUCUGUCGUAGAAGGAGAGACUGGAAGAAUCUCCUGCUGCUGGUCUGGGACGGCUCAAAGAGUCGGCGUCAAAUGGCUGAAAAACCAAACCUUAAUAAAAGAUGAGACCGUCAUAACUCAGUUUAGAGUCUCUCAGAAUGAGUCGGCUCAAACCUGUUCAGUCCUGACUUUAGCUAAAAUCACAAGCAGAGAUUCAGGAAGAUACGUCUGCAGGGUUUCUGUAGAGGUUCCUGUUUUAACUGAAAUUAAGGGAAAUGGUACAACUAUCACCGUAACAGCCAGAGAGACCGCAACUACCAGUACAGAAAAAGGGUUUCCCUCAGACGUACUUGUUGUUACUCAGAGUCCUGAUGCUUCUGUCCCAGAAGGCGAGUCUGAAAACAUCUCCUGCUGCUGGAUGGGAAAAGCUCAAGGAUUCGGCGUCAAAUGGCUGAAAGAUCAAACAUUAAUAAAAUACGAGAAUGUCGUCAACCAGUCUACAGUCUCUCAGAGCGAUCAGGCAAAUACCUGUUCGGUUUUGACUUUCUCAAAAAUCAAAAGCAGAGAUUCAGGAAGAUACGUCUGCAAGGUUUCUGUAGAGUUCCCAAAUUUAACUGAAAUUGAAGGAAAUGGGACAAUAAUUACAGUUACAGCCAGAAAGACCUCAACUAACAAUGCAGAAGCUGGUGUUUCUUCAAAUACUCUUGUUGCUUCUCAGAGUCCUGAUAUUUCAGUCCUAGAAGGACAGACUGGAAGAAUUUCCUGCUGCUGGACAGUACAGGCUCAACGGGUGGGUGUCAAAUGGAUGAAAAACCAAACACUGAUAGAGCAAAGGAUCGUCAUUAAUGAGCCCGAAGUCUCUCAGAAUGAGCGGCCGCAUGUCUGUUCCGUUCUGAUCUUAACAAACUUAACAAGCAGAGAUUCAGGGAGGUACAUCUGCAAGGUGUCUGUAGGGCUACCCAUUUUAACGGAAGUUGAAGGAAAUGGCACAACCAUCACAGUUAAAGCCAGACAUCACCAUGGUUUAGCCGAAACUCUUGUUGUCACUCAGAGUCCUGAUGUUUUAGUCCAAGAAGGAGAGAAUGGAAGAAUUUCCUGCUGCUGGACGGGAAAGGCUCAACGAGUGGGUGUCAAAUGGAUGAAUAACCAAACACUGAUAAAGCAAAGGACCGUCAUUGGAAUCUCUCAGAAUGAGCGGGCGCAUGCCUGUUCUUUUCUGAUCUUAACUAAUUUUACAAGCAGAGAUUCAGGGAGAUACACCUGCAAGGUUUCUGUAGAGGUACCCAUUCUAACUGAGGUUGAAGGAAAUGGCACAACCAUCACAGUUAAAGUCAGAGAUCACCAUGGUUUCGCCGCAAUGUGCUCCACAAACUCCAUCACAGCUUAA